AUGGUCGAAAAUUAUAAAAAACUGGGAUGCAAUAUGAGCGUCAAACUUUAUUUUUUGGAUUCCCACGUUGAUUAUUUUCCCGAGAAUCUUAGAGCAGUCAGCAAGGAGCUGGAAGCAAGGUUCUAUCAAGAUAUAAAGGAGAUGAAGAGACGUUACCAAGGAACAUGGGGUAUAAGAAUGAUGCUGAUUACUGCUGGACCUUGA